AUGUUCAAAUCGGCCAGAAGGUUUUGUCUUCAGUCACAUCGCAGCAAAACAUCCGCCCUUACACUGCAGCAGCAGAAGCACCAGCAGAAGCAGCAGCAGCAGCAGUACAAACUGCAGCAGCAACAGCAGCACCAGCAGCAGCAGCACCAGCAGCAGCGACAGCAGCAGUACCACAACCACCAACAUCACGAGCAGCAGCAGCAGCAGCACGAGCAGCAGGAGCAGCAACACUUCCUCUUUGUAGAAAUUGUUUUGGGAAGGAGGGAAGGGCCUGCCGCGUCUGUUUGCAUGGCGGGCAUGAAUCGAUUUACAAUGCCGAUGACGCGCGCUGUGUCUUUGAUUGACGGUGAAGACUCAGCUUUUGCUGCACUCGAGAAGAACCACAGCGCCUUUCUGAAUACUAGGACAACAUUUUUUAUGAAGAGAGGAGAAGGGCCUUUUGGGGCCCUUGGGAAUAAACUAGGUCAAACAUCUGCUGCUGCAGCAGCAGCAGCAGAUGCAGCAGCAGCAGAUGCACCAGCAGCACCUCUUAGCUUCCUUCAACACCCAGCACAACCUGCUGCUACCCUUGAGUUGGGGUUAGCGCAGACUUCUGUGCCUAUCUUACAACUUAAAGACAGUCAGUUCUGCGGUAUGUUGGGCAUCGGCACUCCUCCUCAGUGGGUCCGCCCAAUCUUUGAUACGGGCAGCACGAAUUUGUGGGUAGUGAGUUCGCGGUGUACAGACGAGACAUGUGUGAAAGUUACCCGCUUUGACCCAUCAAAAUCUUCUACUUUUUCUCUUACUAGUCCCCCUGUUCAUUUGGAUAUUACCUUCGGUUUUCCGGACAUGUCCAGCACUGGCGCAACUCCAAUCUAUGAUAAUAUGCUUCAGCAGGCAAACGUAGAAAAAAGCGAAUUUGCUUUCUACGUGGCUAAGGACUCACCCGUAUCAGCAAUAUUCUUCGGAGGCGUAGACCCUCGUUUCUUUGAGCCUCCUAUUCAUAUGUUUCCUGUCGUGCGAGAGCAUUAUUGGGAAGUGGAGUUAGAUGCAAUUUAUGUAGGAGACAAAAAGUUUUGCUGCGCAGAAGGCACGAAGAACUAUGUUAUCGUUGACUCCGGGACGAGCUUCAAUACUUUGCCCAGCGAUGAGAUGGAGAGCUUCCUAGAAAUGAUUCCUUCACAGGAAUGUGGAGAAGAUGAUUCCUUCUUAGAACAAUACCCGGAUAUCACUUACAUCAUUGGAGGCGUGGGCUUUGUAUUGGAGCCGCAAGAUUACUUAGUGGGUAUAGCGCGUGCUGUACACAGCGAGGAGAAUAAAGCUUACUUGCAGCAAGUAGCGGACUCGUAUCCUAUUAAUAUCGGAAAUUCAUCUGCUUCAGAGGAUCUCCUCGCUGUUCGUCGAAGCACCAACGCCCCGAUGCAAGCAGCAGCACUUCAAGAAGACAACGCUAUUCGUGCAGAGCACACCACACGCAUCUGA